CGAUAACUCAGUGACUCCUCCGCCGGCGACGACAUUCAGAUAGGAGAUGGCGGCUCGAGGGGGGUUUCAGACGGCACCGACUGGUGGUGGCGGCGGAUCAAUGGGACCUGGACCACCGGUUCCGGGCGCAGGACCAGGCAUGGGGCCCGGGACUCCAACUGGAAGGAUGGGGCCGUCAUCGGCCGCGCAGAACCACAUGUACCGCUCCCCGAUGCCCGGGCCUGGAUACCCGAGACCAGGCAUGCCUCCAUCCAGCCGUAUGACCCCACAAGGACCAGCCAUGGGCCCUCCAGGAUAUGGCGGCAGUCCCGUGUCUCGUCCUGGGAUGCCAGGUGUUAUGGAUCCAUCUCGUAAGAGACCAGCGCCUCAGCAGAUUCAGCAGGUUCAGCAGCAGAACCGCAACCAACACACAAAGAAGAAAAAGAUGGCUGAUAAAAUUCUACCUCAGAGGAUUAGGGAACUGGUCCCAGAGUCUCAGGCUUACAUGGAUCUGCUGGCUUUUGAGAGGAAGCUAGACCAGACCAUCAUGCGCAAAAGGCUGGACAUUCAGGAGGCCCUCAAGAGGCCCAUUAAGCAAAAGAGAAAGCUUCGUAUCUUCAUAUCAAACACCUUCAACCCUGCGAAGCCAGAUGCAGAGGAUGGAGAAGGCACAGUUGCAUCAUGGGAGCUACGUGUUGAGGGACGCCUUUUGGAAGAUACGGCUGUGUCUAAAUAUGAAGCCACCAAACAGAAAAGGAAGUUCUCUUCUUUCUUCAAGUCCCUGGUGAUUGAGUUGGACAAGGACCUGUAUGGUCCAGACAAUCAUCUUGUGGAAUGGCAUAGGACUGCUACCACCCAGGAGACUGAUGGUUUCCAGGUGAAGAGGCCUGGUGAUGUGGGUGUUCGCUGCACCGUCCUGCUUAUGCUUGACUACCAGCCCCCUCAGUUCAAGCUGGACCCCCGACUGGCCCGUAUGCUGGGCAUCCACACCCAGACCAGACCUGUCAUAAUCCAGGCCCUGUGGCAGUAUGUCAAGACCCACAAACUCCAGGACCCUCAUGAGCGCGAGUUCAUCAACUGUGACAAGUACCUGCAGCAGAUUUUUGAGACUCAGCGAAUGAAGUUCUCUGAGAUUCCUCAGCGCUUGCAUGCACUCCUGAUGCCUCCAGAGCCUAUCAUCAUCAACCAUGUGAUCAGCGUGGACCCCAAUGACCAAAAGAAGACUGCAUGUUAUGACAUCGAUGUGGAGGUGGACGACACACUGAAGACCCAGAUGAAUUCUUUCUUACUCUCCACAGCCAGUCAGCAGGAAAUAGCGGGGCUGGACAACAAGAUCCAUGAAACCAUCGAGACCAUUAACCAACUGAAGACCCAGAGAGAGUUCAUGCUGAGCUUUGCCAGAGAUCCUCAGGGCUUUAUCAAUGACUGGUUGCAGUCCCAGUGCAGAGACCUCAAGACCAUGACGGAUGUGGUUGCAAACCCAGAAGAAGAGCGGAGGGCUGAGUUUUAUUAUCAGCCAUGGGCUCAGGAGGCCGUCUGUCGCUACUUCUACUCCAAGGUCCAGCAGAGGCGACAGGAGCUGGAGCAGGCGCUCGGUAUCAGAAACACCUAAAG